CGUAGUUCGGAGCGGUGAAAACGCGAAGCAGCGUCUCUCGCCAGAGUCUCCCCGCUGCUCUUUCUCUUUCAGCCGCUGCCGAUGAGCCGCUGCCUCGGAAAAUGGAGAGCGACACCACGGUCCGGAGAAUAAAGCCGUACGGGACGCAGCCGUACGGGGCCCCGGAGGCGGACGGAGCCCGGGACCGGUGCGGGAACAACGGCUACAGCGGUGACCCGAAGAGGAAGCCCGAAGUGAGGCUGCAGCCGCUGCGGGAAGGGCUGGCAGCCGCGCUGCUGGCGCUCUUCAUCCUGCUGCUGUGGGCUCUGGUUCAUCUGUCGCUGCAGCAGCUCGUCAUCGGGACUCCGACCGGAGAGUUCAACGCGGCCAGGGCCAGACGCCACCUGGAGCGGAUCACCAGCGUGGGCCCCCGCCCGGUGGGCAGCCAGGAGAACGAGGUGCUGACGGUGGGCUACCUGCUGGAGCAGAUCGAGGGCAUCCGGGCGGAGGCGGCGGCGGGCCCCCACCGGCUGACGGUGGACGUGCAGCGCCCCACCGGCACCUUCUCCAUCGACUUCCUGGGAGGCUUCACCAGCUACUACGACCGCGUCACCAACGUGGCCGUGCGGCUGGAGCCCCGGGGCGGCGCCCAGCACCUCAUGCUGGCCAACUGCCACUUCGACACGGUGGCCAACAGUCCAGGUGCCAGUGACGAUGCGGUGAGCUGUGCGGUGAUGCUGGAAGUCCUCCACGCUCUGGCCAACCAGUCCACUCCUCUGCACCACGGCGUCGUCUUCCUCUUCAACGGCGCCGAGGAGAACGUGCUGCAGGGCAGCCACGGCUUCAUCACGCAGCACCCGUGGGCCCAGCAGGUCCGAGCCUUCAUCAACCUGGAGGCCGCCGGCGUCGGGGGGAAGGAGGUGGUGUUCCAGACAGGCCCGGAGAACCCGUGGCUGGUCCAGGCCUACGUCCACGCCGCCAAGCACCCCUUCGCCUCGGUGGUGGGCCAGGAGGUGUUCCAGAGCGGCGUCAUCCCCUCCGACACCGACUUCCGCAUCUACAGGGACUACGGGAACAUCCCGGGGAUCGACCUGGCCUUCAUCGAGAACGGCUUCAUCUACCACACCAAGUACGACACGGCCAACCGGAUCCUGACCGACUCCAUCCAGAGAGCCGGCGACAACAUCCUGGCGGUGCUGAAGCACCUGGUCAUGUCGGAGAAGCUGGCCGACUCCUCCGAGUAUCGCCACGGCAACAUGGUGUUCUUCGACGUGCUGGGCGUGGUGGUGGUGGCGUACCCGGCCCGCGUCGGCACCAUCCUCAACUACCUGGUGGCGGCCGCCACCUUCCUCUACCUGGCCCGGAAGGCGUCCCUGCCCGGGAACGGCGGGGGGCGCUACGUGCGGCAGCUGGCCUGCGCCACGGGCGUGGCGCUGCUCAGCUGGCUGGUCACGCUGCUGUCGGUGCUGAUCGUGGCGCUGCUCGUCACGCUGCUGGGCCGCUCCAUGUUCUGGUACAACCACUUCUACGCCGCCGUCUGCCUGUACGGCGCCGCCGCCGCCGGCAAGAUGCUGCUGGUCCACACGCUGGCCAAAAACCUCUACUACGGCGGCGUGCGCCUGGUGGAGCUGGGCGACCUGUUCCUGGACGUCAGCCUGCUGCUGUGGUGCUGCAGCCUGGUGUGGCUGACCCAGCGGGGGCUGUGCUCCGCCUACGUCCCCAUGCUGAUGGUGUCCUUCCCGCUGGCCGCCCGGCUGCUGCUGGCGCAGGAGUUCAAACACAGAGGCGCGUCGGUGAAGUACAGCGUCCUCUACCUGCUGGGCCUGGCGCCGCCCUACAUCCACUUCAUGUUCCUGAUCUGGGUGGUGUUCGAGAUCUUCACGCCCAUCAUGGGCCGCAGCGGCACCGAGAUCCCGCCCGAGGUGGUGAUGGCCUCCCUGGUCACCCUGGCAACCAUCUUCCUCUCCUCCUUCUUCCUGCACUUCAUCUACCUGGUCCGGAGCACCAAAUGGAUCCUGACCGGCCUCGGCUCCGUCUUCCUCCUCAUGUUCCUGCUGGUGUCCUGCGGACUCUUCUUCCCCUACUCAGGCAGUCCAGACAGCCCGCGGCCCAAGAGGGUCUUCCUGCAGCACACCACCCGGACCUUCCACGGCCUGCAGGGGGAGGUAGAGAGCCGCGACUCGGGGCUCUGGAUCAACAGCUUCGACUUCACAGCCAUCCAGCACAUCACGCCCCACAUCCCAGAGAUCAACGACAGCGUGCGCACGCGCUGCCGCGAGGACCGGCCCUUCUGCGGCUUCCCCUGGUUCCUGCCCGUCAAGUUCCUCAGCAAGAAGAACUGGUACCUCCCUGCUGCCGAGGUGUCUCCCAGCUCCCCAGUGGACUUCAGCCUGCUGUCCAGAGAGGAGACGGCCUGGGGGACGGUCAAGAUGACCUUCAGUGUCAAAGGUCCCAGCCACAUGUCGCUGUACCUGAUGCCUCACCGGGGCUCCAGCCUGUCCUCGUGGUCGUUCGGGGACGGGACGCCCCGGUUCGACCUGAGUGGGGAGUACUUCGUCUUCUACUCUCACGGACUCAACGCCCCCACCUGGACCUUCUGGUUCGAGAUCCGGCCUCCUGCGGAUCCAGACCCGUCCGGUCCAGAGGGGAUGAUCUCCGUCGCCAUCUCCUCCCACUAUUUCUUCGGGGAGAACCGGAGGACUGCUCAGCUGGAGGAAAUCCUCCGCAGGUUUCCCCCCUGGUCUUUCCCCUCGUCCUGGGUCAGCACCUAUGACAUGUACCGGUACUGAGGGGGCGGAGCUUCCCGGGGGAGGGCCCCGGCACCGCUUUCAGGCUCCGCCCACAGGAACAAUACUGAGGACCGGACCUGCUGCCUUUUGUCUCACACACACACACACACACACACACACACACACACACACACACACACACACACACACACACACACACACACACACACACACACACACACACACUGACACUGUCUGAGAGACCCCCCAUCACUGUGCCGGGAGGCGAGCUGACCGGUGGGCUCGAACGGCGGCGAGCCAGAGAAACCAGGGGCUUCUGUUAUUUUCUACUUGAUCUUUUGUGCCUUUGCUUUACUUAACCCCCUCCCCUGAAUGAUGAGCAUCGCAUGGACCCCCUCCCCCUCUGCUCUCUGCAUAUCAAACCACUCAGACCGCCACUGGACCCCCUCUACCCCCCCUCCACCCCCGGCUAACACCACUCUACCACCGAUCUGUCAGGAAACAUCCUGACUGAACAUCUGGAUCAGUCCAGCUGAUCCUCCUUCAACUGGAAGCUUUAACACGUCUCAUCAACAUGCACUAAGUAUCUACAGCAGGGUGUGUGUGUGUGUGUGUGUGUGUGUGCGUGCGUGUGCGUGCGUGCGUGUGUGUGUGUGUGUUCUGUAAAUCUCCAUUACAUUUUGCUCUCCUGCAACAAGAGAUUUUUUUCUUUUUUGCCCAGUUUGAAGACUGGCAGGCAUUUUCAGCCUCAUACCUUUCAGUCUUAAAGUCUUAACAGUGUUCACACGCCUGACAGAGGGCAUCCUGUGAGUCUGGCCUGAGGGCAACAAAAUCUCUGUUUAUAGAAACGUCGUCAAAAAUUGCCUCAUAAAGGAUUUAACAUGUUUUUAUUGAGUGAGCCUGCCAGUCUUUGUAGAGGGCAGUGACACACUGAGAGUGGGAUUUAUCCCUCAGCAGAUGGGACUGGAAAUCCACUCUUCACACCCUCAGUUUUGUCUCUGUCUCCUUCCUGUAGUGUUUUGUUCAAAUUGUUGGGUUUUUGCCCUCGAUCGGGACUUGCAGGCUCAGUUAUAUCUUGAUUCCUGUUAUAAUGUGUGAGCUUUUCAUAGUGUAUUGAAAAGCAGCACACAUCUACAGGACCCAGACCUGUCCUGCCAGUCGAAAAUGAGGGCAGAGAACCCUCAACGGAAGGGAUGAACAUGUUCUGUUGCAGCAGGAGAACAAAAACCUUCCCGAAGUGAUUCAGGAGCACAGCGGCUCUUUUGAGAGGUGGGUUUUUUCACCCUCAGUCUGGGCUUGCAGGCUAUAAACUGUGAGUCCUGACUGAUGGACAGAGGUGGAAGUUAGGACAUUUACAGACAUACAAGUCACAUUCUGCCAGCUCCAUUAACCACCCCCCCCCCCACCCCACCCUGACCCCCGCUGGCCUCGCCGGAGCUGAAGCGGCGUCCGUCCACCCCGUGUCGCGCCCGUCCUGAUCCGUGUUGUCCGUUCGAGGAGUCGCUGGAGAGGAGGCCUUAAAGCAUCGCUUCCAAAGAUGCACAACCUGUUUACUGUGGUGGACACAAACGUCUCAGUGGUCUUAACGCUCUGAAGUGCCACGCCGCACCGCGUUUCUCCAGAGGCGGCGUCCCAUGAUGCUCCUGUUCGGUUCAGCUCCACAUCUUUCAAACAACCACAGGAUAAAAUCUUGAGUUUUUUUUUUUUUUUUUUGGCACUUUUCCAGAAUGUGAAGAAGCUGGAUUGGCGUAGUGGCGAAUCGUCGACGCGUCUCCGUCGUGUUUUCGUUCGCUUCCAAACGCUGCGACAGAUCAGGUGGUUCUGCUUGGAACUGCAGCUGGUUCCGGUUCCACUCUGGGCAGGAUUUGGUCCACGUGCCGCAUGUUGAACACCCCUGAUCUGUAGUCUGAGGGUUGGUGGGAACGCCGUUCCCUGCAUGAUCCUUCAUCUGUGAGAAGAAAUAAUGAAGCAGAGGUGAAGAGUAGAUUAUUUUAUUAGAAAAAAAAUAGAUUAGAGCUGAUUUUAUUUUAACCAGAAGAAUUAAAACCGUAAAAAGCUUUAGUGCAGAAAUGUAACAAUUACACAAAAAUAUAGUAAUAAUUAAACAAAAAAUACACUUUAUCCAGUAAAGAUGUAUCUUAUUAAUGUAAAAACAGUCUUUUUCAAAGUGAAGCAAUAUAUUCCAGAGGAGCGGAUUUAAAGGAGCUGUCUGAUGAGAGAAAAAGACUUUAUUAAUGAUGCAAAUUAAUAUUUUUCUAACUUUUGGUUGAGCUGCGAGACGAUGGUGAGAGAUUAACGGUUUAUUUAUAUCUGCUGUGAAGCGAACGGCCGUGUCGGCCGUGACGGUGAAACGGCUCCUCGCUGCGGGGAGGAAAGCCCACGAGCUAGCAGGAGCUAGCAUCUAGCCGCUAACUCCUGCUAGCAUCCAGACACGUCUUAGUUUCAGUCUGCUCAGCUCAUCAAAUGCUUCUUGGUUCAGUUUUCUCUCCAGGUGGCGCCGUUGCUCAGAAUGCAGAAAGUAUCGACUUUCAGGACACUUUUCCAGGAAACUGCUUCUGUUUCACUGUGACGUGAAGAAUUAAAUCUCCUGAGGAGAACACAGGCUCAGCCGCUAGCUGGCUCCGUGUUGUUGAGAUGUUCUUAGAAGUUUUCUGACAUUUGAAUUUAAUUGAACAAUCAGGAAGUCGUGGACUGACUCACAACACCACCUGGUGGCGACAGGUGGGAUUACAGACUGAUGUUCGGCUAACGGUUUGACUCUGGUGGGUUUCUGUUCUAACCUAGCAUACGUUGGGAAUGGUGUCAGCCGUGGUGGUGUUUGGAUUAACAGACCUAAAAGACAGUUUCAGGAAGAGGCUAACACACUGGAGCUUUUCUCGCAUAAACACACGUCCGUGUUUUGCUUCCUGACUAUAAAAUGAAAGAAAGAGAUGUUAGCAUUGAAGCUAGCAUCAAACAAGGAAAGCGCCAGUCUUAAAGGAAGUUUGUGGAGAAAUUGAAGAGAAGUUUGACUGUUAGCUUUGAGGCUAACUCCUUUACUUGACUGGGCAUAUCUGAAGUACACCAAACGACUCUAAUUCAAUCAAAAGGUUCAGGCUCCAGUGAGACUUUGCUCUCUGGUCUUCAUAACUCUAGAAAAGCUGUGAACGCCGGAGUUCCGACUGCUGCUCUUUCAAGGCGGAGCCAGAGCCUCUGAACCUUCAGGGCCUGGUUCUCCUUCAUCCACCCUCAGACUCCACCUGCUGUGACGGCGCCACCCGGAGGUCACAAACUGCACUGGAAGUUCCCUGAAGGUCGCGCGAGACGAAGCCUCUUCAGGGCUGCAGGUCGACGUCGAUCCCGCUCGUUUUCACCGUAAACUGACUGAUUUGAAUGCACUGAAGAGUGUGUGUGUGUGGUUUUGUUUUCCGGGAGAGAAACACACUGAAACGUCUUAAUGUCGAGGAUGUUCUGUUUGUUCCUGUAUAUUAAAAAUGUCUGUUUUUUGUUGUUUGUCUCCACUGGGCAUCUGGUUCUUGUUCUAUUUAAGAUGUGUGUUGUUCUGGUGACUCGGACGUUUCUGCCUGGACGCUCCGCUCCAGCGGUCUGGGGUUGAUCGGGUGAUCAGGGUAUCGCUGUGUCGGAUUGGCAGGAUGAUUUUACAUUAUGCAAAAAUGCUUGAAUUAAUUUAGGACUUGUACAGAAAUUAAAAUGCUUCUUACAUUCAG